CUGGAGACAUCUGAAUAUCCUGCCUUUGUCACUUCUACCAAGAGAAAAUCAUUCACAAUAUCGUCCAGCCUUAGAGAAACACUGGCCAUAGGCCUUGGCUGCCCUGUUCCAUCUUAAUCUUGCCAUACCUGCAGUGGCGAGUGGUUUCGCCUUGAUUUGACUCGACAAUGGUUUACGAGGGUGGUCCCUCUCGAGGUUGCGACACAUGUAGGUGGUCGACAGCUGAUCUAACUAUAUAGAACUGACCAUGCUAAUACCAUCGUCAGGUCGAGCGCGAAAGGUCAAGGUACACUUUGGACAUUUCUUUUGUUGGAACCAACAUGGCUUCGCGACAUCAUAGCCCUGAUUCGCUACUAACAUGAGGUAGUGCUCAGAAGAGAGACCAUUUUGCGCCCGGUGUCAACGUGGUGGCUUCCUUUGCUUGGGUUAUCAACGGCGAUCAAGGGCAGCAUUGAAAAAGGAGAACUACAAGCUUCACAGUCCAUCUUCGUCCAAGUCCGACACAAACUCGUCCAUCACGGAAUCUCCAAGAAUGACAAGCCCGACCACUUUGUUCUUAGAGCCGCCCCUGGACAGCAAGUCUACGUCCUUCUUCAUGGAUCAGUUUGUGGUCGCUCCCGAAACCGGUCAAAAUGUUGGUUGGUUUGAGUUCCUACCGGAACUUCUCUCGCACGCAGAGCCAUCCUCAGCCUUGGACAUUGCAUUUCGAGGAUGUUCGUACCUUGCGCUGGCUAAUCGGCAGGAUCAUGAGACUCUCCGUUAUGCAGCCCUGAACUUAUAUGGACAAGCAUUGCGAUCAACGAAUGAAGAGUUGAAAAGCCCAGAGACUGCUACCAGCGACACAACGUUUGCCGCCAUAUUACUUUUGUGCUUAUUUGGGCACAUAAACGGCGAUUUGAGAAUGCAGAUUGGUGCACAUGCACUCGGCAUGUACAAACUGCUUGAACUCCGAGCCAGAACUGGUGUUCAUAGUGCCCAUACACUAUCCCUGACUCGACACUUCUUUGCACUAAUGCAUCUGGAGAACAAUAAGAAACUUCUUGCGUCACCGGCAGCAGCAGGAGGAGGGGGAGAAGCUGUCUCAGGUGAAGCUUCACAAGCUGCCGCUUCCGAUCUUUUCGCUCGCAUGGGGAUGCUGUGGCCCAUCUCUGCAGCCCUUCUCACUCAGAUGCACAUGUGGAUGAAUAGCGAUGAUUCGACGAAAGACAUCAGUGCUCUUCUGCCACUUUUGGAGAAUGUCAGAAAACUCGAAAAGCAGGUGCAGUUGGCCAUCCAGGGUCUAGAUCCUAUUUGGUACUAUACGACAAUACCUGCCCGCGAAGCCAAUCCAAAAUCGAAAUGGAAUGAAACCUUCCGCAAAGCGCUGGUGUACCACGACUCGUGGAUCAUGAGUAUGUGGCAUGCCUAUCGUGUCACUAGGAUAUCCUUACAUACAACAAUGGUUGCGUCUUACGACAUGAUUCUAGAUACCGGGGAUUCCGAUAUGAUAAAUCUUUUCGAUGAGGAGCUGGAAGAGCUGAAGACCCAGUCACUCUCGAUAAUUGACACAAUGAACGAGGACAUAUGUACAAGUAUUCCAUGGAUUCUUGGUCAAGUCGAAGAGGGCGGCGGACAAAACCCAUCAGCUAGUCUUCCAAAGGCAUCUCGGGCCUCUUUGAGUAUCGUCGGAUUGAAGACUGUUGUCAAUGGUCGAUAUACACGUCAGCAUCAUUCCGAUCAAGCAAGAAACGCCCUUUGGGAUAUUGCAUAUCGAUUCGGAAUCAAAGGGGCUUUAUGACAAGACUGAAAUUUUGGCUGAGGUGUUAUGGACGUUCAUGAUGAUUACUGAAAAGUGGUACUCGGCUACGCAUGAGCUCAAUGUUCAAUUCAGCAAGACCACAGGCUUGAUCACAUUGGAAAAAGAACAAGAUCGAUCAAGUAUGCGAAUUCUGGAGAAUCAAGAGUAUGAUAUCCUCCCUCGAAUCUGCAAGCGGCGCUCCAACCCUGUUCUCGGAUGAUACCUCUUCCCAGGUCCCUAAUGCCUGGGAUAUCUCACAGUGUCUAGUGUCGCCCGAUGCAAAUCGUCUCCAUACAGAUUUCAUGGUCAUUCGAUGCUUGAUGUCUGAUGAUCUUGGGGAAGGAUGCCAAAGACCGUGCAUCUUUGAACCAUGAAAGUUACAUUGCCGCAUACCGCUGUGUCGCUAUCUUCAAUGUUGUACUUAUAUAUUUUCUACUAACGUCAAAAUGAGCUUCAAUAUUCCACCAAGCCAAACAC